UUAUAUUCAGUUUCGCUUGCUCUGUUUUGCCGGGCGGGAUUUCCGCAAUAUCAAGUAUGGCGAAGACAUACGACUAUUUGUUUAAAUUACUGUUAAUCGGGGACUCCGGUGUCGGAAAGACCUGUGUGUUAUUCAGGUUCUCAGAAGAUGCCUUUAACUCCACGUUUAUUUCCACCAUAGGAAUUGACUUCAAAAUAAGAACGAUAGAACUAGACGGGAAGAAGAUCAAGUUACAAAUAUGGGACACCGCUGGUCAGGAGCGUUUCCGAACCAUCACCACCGCCUACUACAGAGGAGCAAUGGGCAUCAUGCUGGUCUACGACAUAACCAACGAAAAAUCAUUUGAAAACAUCAAAAAUUGGAUAAGGAACAUCGAGGAGCAUGCAUCCUCGGACGUUGAAAAGAUGGUACUGGGAAACAAGUGUGACAUCAACGACAAGCGUCAAGUAUCCAAAGAGAGGGGAGAGAAGUUGGCGCUGGAGUAUGGCAUCAAGUUCAUGGAGACCAGUGCAAAGGCCAACAUAAACGUGGAAAAUGCAUUUUUGACGCUUGCGAGAGACAUCAAGUCAAAGAUGGACACAAAAUUGGAGGGCAACACGGCUCAGGGAGGCGGCCACGGCGUCAAGAUCUCCGAGCCCCAAAAAAAGACCAGCUUCUUCCGCUGCUCUCUGCUCUGAGGGGGCAAAGGUCUCCGUAUUUUUUAUUUUUUUUUAAGGAUACUGGACUCAACCGGACUGUGCUUCCUUUUCAGCACUUCCUGCCUCCCUCUCUCCCCCCCUCCCUUUCAGUUUCCCUUCCUCUCCUAAGUCGACACACAUGAAAUCUGUAUCAUUCAGCUGCAGGCGGAUCGACAUGUUUCCCUCUCUCUUUUGUCCUUGUCUGCUGAAGGCGUCCGUCGUUGGAUCCUUUAUCUUUUCCUUUUUGUUCAUACACACUUCCUCACUUGCUGUCGUCCCCCCUUCUCCCCUCUGUAGGACAGAGAGUGACUGAAUCCUGAGGAGCAGGAUUAUAAAAAAAUUAAUAGUCCAAUAUAUUGUAUUGCAAAGACACUCUUCCGUCCCUUCGGUAGUACUACGUUCAUCGUUUGGUUCCCAACUAGUUUCACAGCAGCUCUUCAAAUGUUGUUCAGUGGAGUUGAAUCAAUCCCAACGGUUUUGGGAUUGGUAUUUACAAGCGUGAUGAAACUUGUUUUUAAUGGUCGUCCCUUGCCUCUUGUGGGGUCAACCAGAGACUGAUCGGCUUGUUCAAGUAGUGAAUCGCUUUCAAAAGUAAUGCAGUCUUGCAACAAUGGCCGCGGGUUUUAAGACUUAUUGUUCGCUUCCUCAGCACUUUUUUCAUGCUUUUGGUUUGCAGUAAUUUCCUUGUAACCGUUGAAUGGGACCAAACAUGGGGGAAUGCAAUAAAAAUAUGGUUAAUGCGUGUAAAAAAUAAUUGACAGGUCACAUGACACCUAGCCUUAUUCCAGUAUUUCACUAGUUUUGUUCACUGAAAACAACAUUCCAAGCAUUAGAAAAAUCCUCUCCCUUCCUUAAUGUACCACGUAGGUCAGACAGAAGUAUCUACAGGUAAGCGUGUCAGUAUUGCCACCAACCUCUUGCGUGCUUGAAUAUCAUUGCGUGCUACAUUAUUGUGGUGUGCAGUAUAAAUGAUGGCAUGCCCUAAAACCUUUAGUGUUGUAAUUAUCUAUUGUGCGAUUAAUUGUUUUGGCAAGCUAUAUGAAGUCUCUGGUUGCAACACCGGCGAAUAAAACCACGGGUUUAUACAGACCUCUCUGCUUACAAAUUUCCCCGCCACACUGUAUUGUGAAUGAGCCUUCGCCCCAUCCCCUCCCACCCACCCACGUCUUUGCACUUUACCAAUAACUUGUUUUGUGUAUAGUCUGUGCCAAGUGAUAGUUCUGCAAUACGUUUUGGAUCCAUUGGACUAUGGUAGAUUGGACAAACCUGUUAACAAAUUAUAUUCCACGUUUUUGAAAACCUGCUUAGUGCUUCUUUAGUUUUUACCACUGUACUGGUAUUUUGAAAGAUGUCCCCAAUUCAUUAAUCAGUCCAAGCAGGAUCUGCCUAUUUGUGCUGAGCAGUAAGACUGCAUCAUCUAUGAAAGAGGCAAACGCAGCAAUGUCUGUUUCGCGUGUCUAGGGAACCACAGAUGGAGGCUAACCCGUAGAGCUGUAGACUUUCAUCGUUCUCCACAAACACUUUAAAACCAAGUCACCCGGCUGUCUGUAACUGUGGUCAGCAGAGCCCCAUAUAUGAGAUACCAGAAGUAUAUAGUAUACUCACUUCUUCCGGAAACCACUUUCAGUGUCCAUUUUUUUAAUCAGAAGCUUUUGGUGUAAAGAUGCAGUGAACGGUCACAUGUUUACUUUGUCUGCCUGGAAUGCUGUUGGUGCGAGUGAUGCUUCUGCUGCUGAUCAAAACCACAGGAACACUCUGUGACUUGUUUUAAUUGUGUUUAUGGUAGUCGAACAUUUGAAGUCUACGUUACCCAAAGGCAAACCUCUAUUUGUCGGAGGCUGGUUGGUUAUUACUUGUGAGCAGGAGAAAAACAUUGUCACUACUGGUUGAUUUUAUUUGUAUAGGUGUUUGCAUAAGGAAAGCAUAGAGUUUCAACAGCCUUCACCUGUUUCCUUAAGACGUUAUAUACUCUUGGAUUGUCUAACCAAGUUGGACCCAAAUUACAAAAGAUUCUCAUUCCUUUUUGUGUGUUAUGUUGAGUGUAAGUGCUGUCUAAUCGUGUUCACUUACUUGUUUGACAGCUAGGUGGCACUUGUGGCACAGCAUCCACACUGUUUAGCACCACCCAAUAUCUAAAUAUAAACUGUUUGUAGAAGAUAUGCCAUAUAAAGUAUUUUUUAUCUGAUUCAUAUAUUUACUCUGCUGGUAUGUGAACAAUUAAUAUGAAAGCCAUCAUGUCAUAUUGGUGACUUUCUCAUCCAUUUACUUUUGUAAGUAUAGACAUUUUUCUUUAGGCGCUUUUGCUGGUCUGCAACGAUGUUCUUGUUAAAUCCUCAACAUAACCACUUGUCUUAAUGGCGUCGUACUAAAUUGUUUCUUCUUGAUUGAACUAUGCAUUGUGAAAUUUGGACCUAAAAUGUUAUGAUGUUGUUCCUUUCCAUUUUUAGCCCACAUAUUGAAGGCGAGAGGAUGGGUUGUUUAUCCUUUCAUUGAGGACGGGACAGGCUCCGUCAUAGAAACCCAAACUGUCAGGUGAACACUUAUUCGAGAAAAGACGGAGAGACCAUUCAAUUGUGUGGAGACACUGCUGUAUGUCAUUAUAAUAGCUUUAAUUUACAGGGACCACCGGUUUAAUCCCUUGGUUCAGCAUUUUCAUGCAAAAUGGAUCUUUUGAGUUUCAUUUUUUUUUUUUUUUGUGACAUUUGUGUGGACAAACCUUUAUUUACAGUCUCUUUUUUUU